CAAUAUAAAUACCCUAAACUGGUGUUGAACAAUCACGACAAAAAGCAAAAACCUGAAUAGUGUGAGAGUGUGCAGGCGCUGACAAGAAACUUCAGCUUGAAGACGAAAUGGGUCGUUCUCGAGGGAAUUUCCAUUCCGACGAGGAUCCGACCCAAAGAUCAAGGAGAAAGAAGAAUGCACCUAGUGGAGAAAAUUCGGAAUCUGCAUUUGCAGGUCAAGGAUCAAGUGAAGGGAAAAGGGCUUUAUACCACUGCAACUAUUGCAACAAAGAUAUUACAGGGAAGAUCCGCAUAAAAUGUGCUGUCUGCCCUGAUUUUGAUCUCUGUGCAGAGUGCUUUUCUGUUGGGGCUGAAGUGACACCUCAUAAAUGCAAUCAUCCGUACAAAGUUAUGGACAAUUUAUCUUUUCCCCUUAUAUGCCCAGAUUGGAAUGCAGAUGAGGAAAUGCUGCUUCUAGAGGGAAUCGAAAUGUAUGGCUUGGGGAAUUGGGCAGAGGUUGCGGAGCAUGUAGGAACAAAGAGUAAAGAAAGUUGUAUUGAACACUACACGAGUGUUUAUUUGAACUCGCCAUACUUUCCUCUUCCAGACAUGUCACAUGUUGUUGGAAAAAAUAGAAAGGAGCUUCUAGCUAUGGCUAAAGGACAUAGUGAGGAUAAGAAAGGUUCUUUAAUGCUUGGGGAGCUUAACAUGAAGGAAGAAUGCCCCUUUUCACCUUCAAGAGUGAAGGUUGAAGAAAUGCAUAGGAUGGGCCCAUCUGGCCGUUUACUCUCUGGUGGGAAAGCAGAUGCUGGGAAUCGUUCUGGCAGCAAAAGCAUGGAAGCAGCUGCUGAUGUGGCCCAGGUUAAAGAUGGCUCCAGCAUUAUUAAAGUGGAAGAUCCUCAAACAGACAGACCUUUUGGGGGGAAGAAACCGAACUCUCUGGGGAAUGAUAAUCUAAUAGAGAUGAGUGGCUAUAACCCCAAAAGACAAGAGUUUGAUACUGAAUAUGACAAUGAUGCUGAGCAGUUGCUGGCUGAGAUGGAAUUCAAGGAUACAGAUACAGAGGAAGAGCGUGAGCUGAAGUUACGAGUGCUGCGUAUUUAUUCAAGGAGGCUUGAUGAGCGGAAACGCAGAAAAGAUUUCAUAUUGGAAAGGAAUUUGCUGUAUACAAAUCCUUUCGAGAAGGACUUGUCUCCUGAAGAGAGAGCAAUUUGUCGGAGCUAUGAUGUUUUCAUGCGUUUCCAUUCCAAGGAAGAGCAUGAAGAACUACUUCGGAGUGCUAUUGAAGAGCACCGUACUUUGAAAAGGCUCCAAGAACUGAAAGAGGCUCGAGCUGCUGGCUGUCGUACGUCAGCUGAAGCGGACAGAUAUCUUGAACAGAGGAGGAAAAGAGAGUCUGAAGAAAGCUCCCGGAGGGCAAAAGAAAGUACCCAGGUUGACAGCAUUCAGGGAGGUCCAAAUGCAUUCAUGGCAUCAGAGUCGGGCAAGAUUCAAUUGCAGACCUUCAGACAGACUUCUUCAGCUAUCUUAUGAUUUGGACA